AGCUUCUUAGAGCCGCCCUGACGCUCGAGGCCCUUCCAGGAAAAGGAAAUAACCAUAGAGAGGCAUCGCGUCGGGUUUGCAGCAGCAGGCGAGCUUGAAGCCGGCAGAGGGCGCGGGCGGGCAGGCGAGGGCGUGGCCCCCUCGCCCUCCUCCCCUUCCGGUGCGCCAUCCGCGGGAGAGCCAUGCCGCUGGACCACAGGCGGGUUCCCGGCCCGGAGGAGUCUCAGUCGCCGCUGCUGUUCGUGGCCGCCGGAGCCCACGAUGGCGAGACCGCGCCGGCGGAGGCCAGCCGGGACGCGUCGGCGCUGCAGCCUCUCUUCGCCCGCGUGGGGCUGCUGAGCCAAGCCAAAGGCUCGGCCUACGUGGAGCUGGACGGCGGCACAAAAGUGCUCUGCGCCGUCUCCGGGCCGCGCGAAGCAGCAGGCGGCGGCGGCGCGGGCGGCGAGCCCCGCGGGCGGCUGGUGUGCGAGUUCCGGCGGGCGCCCUUCUCCGGGCGCGGGGCCCGCGGGCGGCCCGGCGAGCGGGAGCCCGAGCUGGCCCUGGCGCUCCAAGAGGCGCUGGAGCCGGCCGUGCGCUUGGCGCGCUACCCGCGGGCGCAGCUGGAGGUGAGCGCGCUGCUCUUGCAGGACGGCGGCUCGGCGCUGGCGGCCGCGCUGUGCGCCGCGGGGCUGGCGCUGGCCGACGCGGGCAUCGAGCUGUACGACCUGGUGGUGGCCUGCGCGCUCUGCCGGACGCCGGCGGGCGAGUGGCGGCUGCAGCCCUCCGAGCCGGAAGAGCGCGCCGCCGCCGCCCGCCUCACCGUGGCGCUGCUGCCUUCUCUCAACCAGGUGGCCGGGCUGCUGGGCUGCGGCGAGGGCGGCCUCCCAGACAGCUGGGCUCAGGCCGUGCGGCUGGGCCUCGAUGGCUGCCAGCGCCUCUACCCGCUGCUGCGCCAAAGCCUCCUGCGCGCUGCUAAGCGCAGGGCGCCUGGUGGCACCCCGGAGUCCACGGACACCGCUCAGCUUCCUGCAGCCACCGCCUGAGCCAGGCCUCCCUCCUGCCUGAUCUCUCGGGACUGGUUUGCAGCCUCUCGCUCGAAGCGGUGACUGGCCAAGCCAGCGCCCGUGAGCCGAAGCAGGGCUGUCUUCCAGGUGCUCCAAAACACAGCCUCUGGGCAUCCGUUCCAGCAGGUUACGUCGUCUUCCUGGGCUCGAGACCUGAAGGCCAAGCUGGAUGCAUGACUCUUCUCCAUUGCAGUGAACCCCAGUCCUAUCAUGUGUGAUUGCAUUAAGGGGAACAUGCCCACAGUUCCUCCUCCUUAGCAAUCUGGCUUUGCACUGCAGGACGGACAACUUCAGCAUGAGAACAUUGGGGACACAGCAUUUAGCCGUAAUUAUGGAGGAAAGUUAAGACGAAAGGACAUGCUUCUGAAAGGCAGACUCGGCACCUUUCAAGAGGGAGAGAAAAUGAUCUGGACACUGGACAGAAACUCUGAUUUUUGGCAGCUACCCUUUAUUAAAAAACCUGCCUGAUAAGCCUGGCUUUGCAUUUUGUUUCAGUAGGCUUGAGGAGUUGUUUUCCCCUAUGGGUUGGCAAUUUCAAACAAGGUCUUAGGAAAAUCUUGAAUUGGUUUGCUGCUGGUUGAAUCCAAAAAUGGUGUUAUUGUCUGAGCAUUUCAGUCUGGUGUUCAGUGUGGGAAUUUUCUGUAUUGACUAAGAAAACUGCCAACUGUUCCCGAACUUCUUACUUUUUAAAGCGUUUUACAUUUGGGAAAGUUAGAGAAAAAUGUAUUGAUCCAGUUGUGUGAAUUCUUGCAUUCUGUUUCUUAACAUGCUUACUUGGAAGCUAGUUUAUUUCUAGGUAUUUUGAACUGAAGCAAUAUUAAAUAAGGCAAAAUACUCUCCUUUACAAAGCUUGAUGGAUCUGUGUGUUUUUAAUUCUUGCUUUAAAAAGCAAGAAAAAAACUGCCUGCAUUUUUCUGGGAACCCUUUCCUAGUUCUAAGAAAUGACCUAUUUUUUGUUUCCUGUUCUGGUUGAUGUUCUAAUUGGCUAAAUAAGUGCUUCUUGCUACAGUAUAUUAGAUUACUUCUUUUCUUAAUUCUCCUUUGCAGACUAAUAACAUAAUAAAUUCCUGGUGUGACCUC